CCUUUGGUCACACAUCUGACGUGGGUCAUGGUGUCUGUCAAAUUAGUUUUAUUGUCGUCUCGAUAACCUGCGUACGGUUCUAUUCUAUCAACACAUUUAACCGUAGGCUACUCACGCUACACAUCAAAGGAACUGUGUUGUAAAUGAAAGUUUCUGGAUAAAGAGAGCUCAGGGUUUAGCUGUCUUCCACAAGUGUUCAUCAGCAGAAUGCGGCACAUCUAGCACUGAGAGGAAUAGAGACGGUUCCUGGAAAUCGAUUGCAUGUGUGCCGGGUAGUUAGUUAACAAGGCAUUUGAACAACGGGUUGCGAGGUUGCUUGCUUGUUUAUCUGGUGUGAAAGACGGCAGAUAUUGAACAGCGACUAAAACGUUUUGGGAACUUUAAGCAACUGAUUGAAUUAUUCCGCGGAAAGUGCCAAGAUGUCCGAUGAGCUUGAUGCGGGGGACCAUGGGCCAAUGAAACGGCUCAAUACCAUGUUCUCGUCCCUCCAGGAGAAGUUCCACAGAGACCGGAGUGAUGGGGAUUCGACCCUGCCUCGGCCUACAGCCCAAGUGGUGACCUCAGCCCAGAACCAGAGUCACCUCUUCUUUGAGUACCUGGUGGUGGUCAGCCUACGGAAGAAGAGAGGGGAAGGAACGUACGAACCCCAGAUCACAUAUCAGUUCCCCAAGCUAGCUAACAUGAGGCGCUCUCAGAAAGAGGAAGAAGAGAAGUCCCUGAAAGCCAUCCUCCUUUUCUGUUUCCCAGAGGGGGUGAACUGGGCCCCCCUGACUGAAUACGCCAGUGAGACAUUCUCCUUCGUGUUGACAGAGGUCGACGGCAGUAGGAGGAAUGGCUACUGCAGGAGGUUACUGCCCAGUGGCAAAGGGGCACGGCCUCCGGAGGCCUAUUGCAUCAUCAGCCAGGUGGCCUGCUUUGGACUCUUCUCCAAGAUCUUUGAUGAGGUGGAGAAGCGCAGGCAGAUCUCCAUGGCGAUGAUCUAUCCAUUCAUGCAGAGCCUGAGGGAGGCGCCUUUCCCUGCUCCCGGAAGCACUGUCAAGAUCAAGAGCUUCAUACCAGAGUCUGGAACAGAGGUCAUCAGUUUGACAAGGCCGUUGGACUCGUGGUUGGAGCAUGUGGAUUUCCGGACACUGUUCCGCUGUCUCACAGACGAGGAGGUGCUGCGGGUGUUUGCCUCCACCGUUCUCGAACGACGAAUCAUCUUCAUGGCUGACGAACUCAGUACCCUGUCCCAGGUGUUGCAUGCGGUUGCGGCGCUGCUCUAUCCGUUCACAUGGCAACACACCUUCAUCUCCAUCGUUCCUUCAGUGCUGAUUGAUGUCGUCAUGGCACCCACUCCCUACCUGCUUGGUGUGCAAAAGAACAAACUGGAUGAUGUCAUCGACCAGAGUGACAUGCUCAUUGUAGAUCUGACAGAGGGAGCAGAGAACACCUUCAUCACUUGUAUAGGAGACGAGAGCACCAUCCUACCAGAGAAACUACAGGAGGAGCUUCUCCAGGCCUUGUGUUGCAGGAAAGACAACUCCACCUCGGAGGAGUUGAAUAAGGUGGUCUCGGAGGCCUUCCUCUCCUUCUUUGUCAAGACUGUGGGUCACUUCCCCUCCCAUGUUAAACGCAGAAGCGGCGGGCAGCCUGGAGUAUUCCAGAUCAAGAGCUUCUGCAAGGCCUCCGAGCCGAAGGCCAGCCGCCAAUUUGUCAAACGCUUCAUCCAGACACAGAUGUUCGACCUCUUCAUCCAGGAAGUGGAGAGACAGCCCACACAGGAAGGAUUCUUCCACCAAAAAAUUGCGGAGUACCAACAAAGUAAGAAGAAAGAGAAGGCAAAGAGAGGCUGGGUGACAGGACUUGUGGUGUAAAUGUAGGCAUCCUCAGACAAAUGGAUUCUGACCAUUGUGUGUGUGUAUAUACGUUAUUUGUAUACAUUUGUGAUGCUGGAUAAAGGUGACGCUACAGGAUGUUGCUGCUGUCUCAGUGGAGCGGAGAUGGUGACAAUCUAAGUCUGCAGUAUUUCCUCUUGCCUGUAAAAAUGGUAGGCUACUCCCCUGUCAUGUUGAAUGAAUGUGUGCUAAAGAUGAAGAAACACUUAAACAAGUUUUUGUCAAUGUUUCUAGGUUUAUUGAAGGAUGUUACUUCUGUUGUGGUGAUUUGGCAAAAUGUUAAUUGAUAAAGGUUUAUUUAUUGCACUUUUGUGCUGCAAGAUGCUCUUACAUUCAUAACUAAACAUGCCUAUGAGUAUUUCAUAGUAUUUAUAAAUUGUUAUUUUGUUUAUUUAAGCUGUGGGUAUGAAUGUGAAAGUUAGGAUGCGAAUAAGCGCUUUAAAAAAAAAAUGUGAAUAAACGUUGGAUCAAUGAUGUUUUAA